GUUUUCUGUUUUUUUGUCCUUGCUGAACACUGCUAAAGGUAGCUGAACAAUCACCGACAAUAUUUCAAAAAAUAAUCUAAAGCGCAUAUAUAUUUUGUUUCAGUUUGACUUUUAGACAGAACUAAUGUUUAUGUUCUGACGAAUUUUUAUUGACGUCGGAAGAGACGCGAAUAACGCAGUGGCGGGAAAAACCUGAGUUAUUCCCAUACAGAAGCAUAAACCAGCUGUGUUCACCAUGUUAAAUGCCACCAGGACUGAUCUCCGCUUAUUACUCGAGUGUCUGAAGUACCAGAUGAAAUGUCCAGCAUCUCAGAAACAAGCUCUGCUCACCAUCGUCUCCAUCUGCCAACAGAACAGUCAGAAUGUGGAGUUCCUCAGAGAGAUUGGAGGUGUGACCUUUAUCUAUAACCUGUCCAGAGCCAGCGAUUACUAUGAGGUCAAAGAAACGGCUCUGUUCACGCUCAGUUCUCUGGCCGAAUUUAACGAGAGCUGUAAGCAAAGCCUGUGCAGUGAGGAGAUGUUCUGUGGCUUGGCAGACUCCAUGGAACAGGAAGUGUCCCUUACACUGAAGAGAGUGGCAGUCUACAUGCUCUGUGUAUUAGUUUCCAACAACAAGCAGGGACAGAGCCUUGCUAAGUCAUCUAAGUGUAUUGACAUCCUUCUCAACUUAUUCAGGAGUACUUAUCCCAUGGCUGAAGGAAGUGAUGAGCUGCUGCAGCUGUGGACAUCAGUGUCCAGUGCUCUCUGUGCCUGUGUCAACAACCCCCAGAACGUGGAGAACCAGUGUGCAUGCAUGUGUGUGUUGCUGCUGGUAAAGGUGUGGCUCCAGCAGCUGUCCAUGUUCAGGGCAGAGCUGGCUCAACCCAUCUGCUCCUUCAUUGGCAUGACUGUGGCUAAUAACUCAUGUGUACAAGUGUAUUUUGCAUCAGUUGGAGGACUGCUCACACUCUCAGACACUUUGUCCAGUGCGGUUUCUCAGUGCACUGAGAAUCCUGCAGCCUGUAUGAUCGCUACAUUAAUGACCAGAACACUGUCUGCCUGCAUCACUGACACCGAGGCUUUAGCUCCGGUUCUGUCAGAGCUACAUUUAGUACCAGACCUCCUGAUGUUGCUGUCAAGCCCAAACCUCAAUCCACGAGACCAGCUGGCCGUGGUUUUGACACUUGGCCACUGCACCGAUGCUUGUGAGGAGCAUCAGUUUCAGUUGUUGCAGGGUGGAGGAUUGCCUCUGAUGAUCUCACUCUUGACUGAUGCAAAUGAUGAAGAAGUCAGAAAGGCAGCUACCUUUGUACUGCAAACUUGUAAAAAACUUGCUGGAUCUAUAGCAGGUCAAAGUGUGGUGUCCGAUCUCCAGAGACAUCGUCAGUCAGCCUGGGAAAUCCAGCAAAGAAUUCAGCAGCUAGAAAAACGACAGCUGGAUGAUUUGGGAAGGGGUGUAGAAAAUACUUCAGCUCAGCCCACAGUACGCGGAGAGAGAUUGUGGGAAGACUCAGUUGUGCGAAAGGUCAGCGGUCAAAGCCGAGUAUAUGAGGUGGAGUCGGGGGUAAAGGACAUUCCACAGAACUACACACCACCUACACAACCUCCACCUCAGCCAGUUACAGUGUUGGGAAUGAAAAACCAAGAGCCAGUGCAGCAUGUUCAGAGUCAGACUGUUAAAGACUUUGAAAGGUCAGUGGAUCAUUUCCAGAAAGGAAACAGGGAACAGCCGCGACUGCCUGAGAAUGUGAUGAGAAGUAGCAUAGCAAAACAGAGUGAGCAACAAACAAGAAGAGAGAGUGUGAUGCAAAACAGAGGGAUGGAAGAAAUGAAAAGAGGUCUAACAGAUGAAACAGAUCUCAACAGAGGCAGAAGCAAAGAUGACCCAGGGAAUGAGAACCCUGACCAUGACAUACACAGCAAUCUACCAACACAAGACAGAGACGAGUGCAGCCCCGAUAUUUUCAAACAUCCUGCUCCCAUGAAGAGACGCCAGCAGGCUUCUUUUCGCUCUGAGGAUGAGCUGUCUGUGUGCUCUGAGCUCUUGGACAGUGAGAUUGAGAGGAUUCUCAUCACUCCAGCUACCUCUAAGCCCAGCAUGCUCCGCUGUGCAGGGUGUGUGAGCGGGGUGGACGAGGUGAACAGCAGGUCAGUGGGUGCGGUCCUGCGCAGCUGUAAAAGUCAGUGUGAGUUCCACUUGGUGCUGCAGAGAGCUGAGGAUCUUCUGAAGAGAAGCCUGCGCAUCGAUGGGGUCACACGCACAUGUGGUCAUAACACGCAUGACUUUGGAGUCACCAAACACACAACAGAAGAAAGAGAGGAUAACGCAAGCAAUCAUGGAGACUCUUUUGGGUUGAUGAAUCUCACUCCAUUGAAGAGAUCGGGUGAAACACAGGGCAAGGCUCAGAUGUGGAAAAGAGACAUAUGUCCAUACUCCAAAAACAAGGGGUCAAUGAUGGAAGGCAGAGUCCACAGAGACAGGAAGGACUAUUCUGUAGAUGAGCUGAAGUACCUCAGUGAGGGUGUGAGGCGUUUUGGUCACUCCUGGAACACUAUUCUGUGGACGUAUCCCUUCCAGCAGGGACGCACAAAUGUAGACCUGGCCAACAAAUACAGAAAGCUACAGCAGAGCUCAGCACUGACCCAAGACCUCAUAACACAGGAAUCUGCUGAACAAAGACUUCAUUAACGUGUGGAACAGAAUCUGGACAAAGAGAAGCGGAGAUCCAGCAUGCGACAGAAGACUGUCCGGUAACCGGGUUUACUGUUCACUUACUGUCUAACACUCACAAUACUCACUUAAAUACUCAACCCCACACACCAGCUCUCACAGCUCCCACAUUCAAUUCACCCCAUUUUACCCCACAUUUACUCACCUUUUGCCCUGAUGAGAAACUUUCAGUAACUUUCGGUGUAAGUAACGGAAAGACUGAGCAUGAGGAGGUGGAGCUCUCUCCUCUCCUCUCUUCUCCUCCCCUCUCCUUCCCUCUCCUCUCCUCCCCUCUCCUCUUCCCCCGGUCCUGAUGAGAGAAACGCCCUUCCCUUCACACACCACUGAUCCUUCUCACACAACUCACAACAGUGUGUAAGAUAAAAUAGAGCAGGAUGAGGCAGUGUUAUUACUACAUACUAAUCUGUUCAAUGGAUUCAUUAACGUGUGUGUGUGUGUCUGUGUUUGUGUGUGUGUGUGAGAGAGAGAGAGAGUGAGAGAGACGCCCUCUAGCGGUGAGAAUGUUUGACCCUCCUCUUUGGUGAUCAUCUACAUGAAAUAAUUCAAAACUAAAAACAUUAAAACUUACAACUAAUAAACUUUUAAUAUUUUUUUCCCAGAAUGACAGGAAUGUUUCUGGUUGUGUGUGGACAUUUGGGCAUAAAGUAAAAGAAAGAGAAAUCUUAUUCUUCUUCUUUGGUCUUUUCCCUUCAGGGGUCUCCACAGCGAAUCAUCUCUCUCCACCUAUCCCUGUCUUCUGCAUCCUCAACACUUACACCCACUAGCUUCAUAUCCUCAUUUAUUACAUCCAUAUUUCUCCUCUUUGGCCUUCCUCUUUGCCUCCUGCCUGGCAGCUCCAUGUCCAACAUUCUCCUACCAAUAUCCUCACUCUCCCUCCUCUGGACAUGUCCACACCAUCUUAACCUGGCCUCUCUAACUUUGUCCCCCAAACGUCCAACAUGAACCGUCCCUCUGAUGUACUCGUUCCUAAUCCUGUCCAGCCGUCUCACUCCCAAAG